UAGUACUGCUACUACUCCUCCUAUGACGUGGAUGUCGCCCCUUGUGGCCGCUGCUUGUCUGCCUCGUAUUCCGCUGAUUCCAGGGAUGCAGCUGCUGUGACACCCUAUUCCCCAAUCACUUGGCGUCCGUAUUCCUUUUAUUGUCGUUGCUAUUCUUAUCAUUAUUACCAUAACUAUAUUAUUAUCCCUUGGAUGGUCACCCGAUCAUCCCUCCUCGAUGGAACUCGCUGUGCAUGAGCUGCAUCAACAGUACCGGUACAUCUAGAUACUUCGCCAUGGCUGCGAGUGCCUCUCCAUUUCGCAUCUCCCCGCAGGAUGAGGCCGCCCUGAAGCGCAAUGAUGCGUUUCGCGCGGUGCGGGAGCAUUUACGACGGCGGGAAUUGGGAACGACCGCUCCGAGUUUCUGUCUUGUCCAUCGCCAUACUUAUUCCCACGACGAGCAGACGACGUUCCGGCUGCAUCGUGACAUCAUCCACACCCUCCUCCUCCCCCUGUUCCUCCUCCACCGACAGGCUUCGCAGGUUGCGUCCAGCGUGCUGCCCUGCCGCCCCGGGCGGCGCGUCGAGAGUGAGCGGGUAUUCCGGGGCGACGCACGCAGCGCCUUUGCCUGGCUACAUAGCAUCCUGAGCGAGGAGCGCGAUUGGUAUGUGACGGAGCAGUGCGCCGCAUGCAUCGUGCUACACGUGUUACAUUCCGAGCCGACCAUCCGAUUGAUGGCCGUGGCGUGUCUGCUGGCAGGUGCGCUGGACGAAUCUGCAUCUCCCUGCCGACUGGCGGGUUUUGACUUCUGGCUCGAGGCUGUCGAGACGGCCGUCCGGGAGGAUCCGUUCUGGGGCGAUGAAUUCUGGCCGGACAUCGAGUACCGGGCGCGGGGGCUGGUGGACGGGGUUAAGCAGCUGGUGCUGCAGUGUGUGCAACUACGAACGACAGCAGAUGGGAAGGCAUUGCCGUCGCGGUGCUCCACGCCGCACUGCACGGUGACUCCGCCGGCAAGCAGCUACACGCGGAGGAAGCAUGUACGGCGGAUGGAGCGGUGACGGAGGAGAGUUCCGCACAUACUCAUUCAUAUACAUAGUACAUAGGUAGGCUAUGCACAAGUACAUAGAGGUACCGGUUGCCAGAAUGUAAUGUAUAGUAA